UAUUGUCUUGUUGAUGGUGUUAUCUUUUUGUUGAACAUUGUACUACCAAUUUUAUCCGAGUCAGUAACUUUACGAAACAAAAAAACACCAAUAACAAAAAUCCAAAGCAAAACUCUAAUGGAGUGAAAUAUUAUUGAUUGUGAUUCUAUUACCUUGAUUUUGUGCUCUUUUAGUUUUGCUGAUUUAUUUGAGUUCUUUACUGGUUAUUGUAGCUGUUUUUUAUGACUCAAUUGAUUCCUUUUUUUGAACAGAAUUCUUUGUUCUGUCUGUUUUUAUAUUUGCCAGUGAAUUUAAGCCCAGUAAUGGGUUGUGGAGUUUCAAAACGUCCAAUCAUUGAUGCAUCAAGUGUAAGAUCAAAAGACAUCAACAACAACAGCAAUGGAGACAAUAAUCAGAAUCACACCAACAAGAAUAGCAUUUUAUCACGAAGAAGGGAUAAAAAUCGAUCGACAGUUAACCAAGAUAGAAAUGUUGUUCCCGAGUCAGCCAAGGUUGCAACAAAUAAACAAGUUUCUUCUGUACAAUUCAACAUUGACUCGGCAAUUUCAUCAAUUGAUCAACAAUCUAGUUCAUUUGUAGUUCCACCAUCAACACCACAUCCAAAGGUUCGCCUUUUACCUCGCCAAUUGAGUUGCAUAGAUGAAGCUUCUUAUGAGUCAACCUCAAACUCAACCACAGCUCCAUCAACCUCAGACCCAUUGGCACCGGGUGCCACCUUUGACUCCAUUGCUUGUCAAACUGAGAUCACUAAAUCGUCUGUAAUGACUCAAACAGAUCCAUUGCCAACACCCGAAGAAGAACUAGAAAUGUUGAUAAACUGUGAAUACGAUUUUCCCGACAAUUUUUGUCCGUCACUAGACAGUGGCCAAGGUUCUUCGAUAAAUGGUUCUUCAAUGGCCACACACAAUAAUGACAAUAAUCAAAGUUUAGAUCGCUGUGAUUCUUCCCUAAUGGUUAUUUCAACUAGAAAAGGAAAAAACAAAUUAGCUGAUUUUUUUGAAGACUACGAAAUUUCAAAGAGAGUUGUUGCACCGGAGGAAAAAUUUGUUGAUGUUGCUAUUCAAGUUGCUCAGGUUCUAACCUCAUGCUCAACUCAAACCAAUUUUGGAGGUCGAGGAUCUGGAAAUAAUGGUAAACCCGAUUCAGGAAUUAAAACCGAACAAGGUCAGCCCAUACAGAGGUUAACAGAAAAUCCUUUAAAAGACGGUGAACAAGAUGAAGAGGACAACCGGCUGUUUCAUAGGCUGUCAAAUAAUUUACCUAUCGACCUUCAAAGGGCAACAAGUCCAACAACAAUGUGGGCCGAAGUGUUAAACAGUAAUCACAAUUCAAACAGCUAUCAACAUAAUAACAAUAUUGAUCAACUCAAUAAUAGUGAUGUUAACAAUAAUGUUGAUCCAAGGUUUAAUGGGAUUGCCGAUCAGUCCAUUGUUUUACCCAAACGUCAUGACUUUGAGUCUCAGACGGAUCCAGUGAGUGAAGUUUUGGCUGCCAAUGCGGGUGACAAUGAUUUAAAUGUAUUACAAUCGUACAGCUUGUCUUCACCAUUUUCACAUAUAGAGAAACAAUUAGCCAACGAUUCUGAUAGUGAUCCACUGAGAGCUGAAAAAAAUGUGAUAAAUAAAAUUAACGAUACAACUAAUGAUAUUAAAUUACAAGAAUGUCUAAACAAGCUUCUUGAUGAUAUUGAAGGUUCAUUCAGUUUUGAAAAUAAAAAGGGUGAAUGUAAAGAUGCUUCCGUACAAACUGUAAAUGAUCCGAUAACUGAUGAGGCUCCAGAAUUUGCGGCUCGCCCUCCGCCUUCCCGUAAGAAAGAGAUGAUACCCACAAUAUCAAUAUUUGAAGAGGUUGAUGCCAAAGCCUUAGAGGUUCCAGAGGUUGAGACCUCUUCCCUUGUUUCUCUCGUCAAUUAUCUGGUCCACAAUUUGCCCAAUGAUUUGUUUAAAGUUAGAGGAAUAUUUCGUUGGAUUGCUCACAAUAUACGGUACAACUGGAAUUACAUGGGAAUCUCAGUCUCGUCGGAGGAAAUAUUGAGGUCUCGUGAAGGUGUUUGUAAAGACUAUUGUCAACUGUUUGGUGACAUGUGCUUCUUGGCUGGAAUUCGGGUAAAAAAAAUUCAAGGGUUUGCCAAGGGUUACGAUUAUAGACCAGGCCAUCAAUUUGUUCCCGGGGAAGAUAUAACACAUAAUUGGAAUGCCGUGUUUAUCCUAGGCUCGUGGAGGUUCAUUGAUUUAACAUGGGGCACAGGUUAUACCGAUCAUUCAGGCAAAUUUCAACGUAAAUUGAACGAACAUUUUUUCUUAACCGAUCCGGAAACCAUGAUCUGGACUCAUUUUCCAUAUAACGAAUUAGAGGACAACUAUUCAAGAUGGCAGUUGUUGGAUAAACCUUUAACGUUGGAGGAAUUCAAUACUCUACCCAAAGUGACUCCAUAUUUUUUUGAAUUUAAUUUAAAGAUACGUUCUAAACUAGCCAAUCCAAUAAAUUUCCGAGUUCAAGCAGAGAUUAAAAUUGGUGGACAUGAAGCCAUGAGAUAUAAAUACAAACUGUAUCCAGCUGAUGAAGUUGAAAAUGCAUCGCUCAAUCAUUAUGUGUUUUGUCAACUUAAAGAGGAUCGAAUGGUUGGUUCGUUUCUGGUAACACCACCUAUUGAGGGUCGAUAUUUCUUGAAGGUUUAUGCUCGGCCUGAAAAAGAUAUGGGCGAGUGGAAUAUAGAUGCAACAACAGCCUUACCUCCACCACCAAUGGCAACAUCAUCAUCUGGUCAAUCCACCCAAUCCAAUCUUCACAGUUGUGUCACCUUUCUCCUUGAAUGUAGCCGAUCACGCAAAUACCUUCAACCCUAUCCUCUCAAUGAACUUCCUUGGGGACCAACUCAAUCAUUUUACAAUUACAAAAUGCGACUGUUAAACCAAAAUGGUCCCGUGGUAACCACUUGGGGUGGUAAACGUCGUCUUGUUCUCGAAUCAUCAGAGCCCAUGUUGAUAACUUACCAAGUGUUGGAUGCCGAAGGAAUGGAAAUGGAUGCCAAAAAUUUGUUAAUACGUGAAGAUAAUGGUAACAAGAUAACCUUUACCAUUUCACCUCCUCGUCUCGGAAUGUUCAAGUUGAUGAUAUUUGGUAUGCCCAAGCCCAAGCAGAAAGGUAAAUGGAGGCUUCCAUUGUUGGCAACGUUUCUCAUUGAAUGUAAAAUGGCCAAAAUUGCCAAACAACCGCCAGAAGAGGAAGAUCCACCGCCAAUUGUUGUUGAUUAUGUUGAACCUUCAAUGGAAUAUGAUGUUUACCGGCAAAAAUUUUCAAGACCAAUAAUCAGAUAAACAUCUAUCGAGAAUAAUCGAUAUAUUGGAAAGAUUGGUGAAUGUCAAAUGAUGACUUUUUUCCCAGCUGGUGUGAACUAAAAAUGCGUCUAGUAUUUUUUUAACGACAAUGUAAAAGGAUAUUUAUGUAAUGAAAUUAUUUUUCCUUCCAAGUACAAGCCAUUUAACCUUUGGAAUUCAUUAAUGAAAAAUGAUUUAAUUGCUGGGAAAAUUGACUAGUUUUGUUUAGAGAUGCUAUUUUUAACAUAGAGAAAUGAAUAUGUCCUCCAAUAUUUUUGCUUUUAAAUCACGAUCACAACUUGAACUGAUUUCAAGUAUCAUGGUGCUUGAAAGACGACAAUGGACAUCGACAUGGCUUUCAAUUGAUUGGCUUCUGUGAGAAAAUUUCAUGUAAAUAUGAUUUCAUGUGAAUCGGAGGAAAAAAAAGGAUUGAAUAAGAAGCAAUAUUGUUACUUUUUUUCAAGUGCCAAUAAUCUUGUUGGAUAUUUAAAUGUCUUUAUUUGAAACAUUAACCCAAACUAUUGAUUAAAAGUUUGACAAAAAUGAGUCUUCAAAAAAAACAAUCAAAGUUUAA